AUUCACUCUUCUACACUUUAUAUUUAUAAAAAGACAACAACACAUGUCUCUCUGACAUUAACAAAAGAACAUAACAAACAAACCCCCAAAAAAAUCUUAGUUUUUAGAAAACCCAGAAACCUAAAAAAAGGAGCUUGCUUUAAGCCACUUAUAGGAUUUAUGGAUUCUGUGAAUUCCUUCAAAGGAUAUGGGAAAGUAGACGAAGCUCAAGAUUUAGCUUUGAAGAAAAAGACAAGAAAGCGUCUAAUUAUACUAUCAGUCUCCGUCGUAAUCCUCGUCGCGGUAAUAAUCGCCGCCGUAGUCGCCACCGUCGUUCACAACAAGAAAAAAAACUCGUCCGAGUCAACACCGAGUUCACCUUCCGAGUUAUCACCGUCCACUUCACUUAAAUCCAUUUGCAGCGUGACUCGUUUCCCUGAAUCUUGCUUCUACAGUAUCUCAAAGCUUCCGUCUUCCAACACAACAGAUCCAGAGAUUCUCUUCAAGCUCUCGCUGAAAGUAAUCAUCGACGAGCUCGAUUCGAUUUCCGAUUUACCGGAAAAGCUAUCCAACGGCACCAAAGACGAGAGGAUCAAAUCGGCGUUAAGGGUUUGCGGGAAUCUCAUCGAAGAUGCGUUGGAUCGACUCAACGACACCGUUUCCGCCAUGGACGCGUUCGACGACGGUGAGAAGAAAACUCUAACCUCGUCGAAAAUCGACGAUCUCAAAACAUGGCUAAGCGCAACGGUCACGGAUCACGAGACGUGUUUCGACUCGAUAGACGAGUUGGCUCAGAACAAGACAGAGUACGCGAACUCGACGAUUACUCAGAAUCUGAAAUCCGCCAUGAGCAGAUCCACGGAGUUCACAAGCAACAGUCUUGCGAUCGUGUCGAAGAUCCUCGCUGCGUUAAGCAAUUUGGGGAUUCCGAUUCACGGAAGAAGACGGCUUUUGUCGAAUCAGCAGCCGGAAUGGGCGAGACGGAGGUUGUUGCAGACAGAGAAUUUGAAGCCUGAUGUGACGGUGGCUGCUGAUGGAUCCGGCGAUGUGAAGACGGUGAACGAGGCGGUGUUGAAGGUGCCGAAGAAGAGUAAGAAGGUGUUUGUGAUUUAUGUGAAAGCUGGAAGGUAUGUUGAGAACGUGGUGAUGGAUAAGAGUAAGUGGAAUGUUAUGAUCUUCGGCGACGGCAAAGAAAAGACCAUUAUUUCCGGCAAUAAGAACUUCAUCGACGGGACUCCUACUUAUGCAACGGCGACGUUUGCUAUACAAGGGAAAGGAUUUAUAAUGAAAGAUAUCGGAAUCAUAAACACCGCCGGAGCAGAGAAACACCAGGCGGUGGCAUUCCGAUCAGGCUCCGAUUUCUCCGUUUAUCACCGAUGCUCUUUCGACGGUUAUCAAGACACUCUUUACCCUCACUCCAACCGCCAGUUCUACCGCGACUGCGACGUCACCGGAACGAUCGACUUCAUCUUCGGCAGCGCCGCCGUCGUUUUCCAAGGCUGCAAAAUCAUGCCACGUCAGCCACUUCCGAGACAGUUCAACACGAUAACCGCUCAGGGCAAAAAAGACCCGAACCAAAACUCCGGUAUGUCGAUUCAGCGGUGCACCAUCUCCGGCAACGGCAAUGUCACAGCUCCGACGUAUCUUGGCCGGCCGUGGAAGGAGUUUUCCACGACGGUUAUUAUGGAGACGGAGAUUGGACCGGUGGUUCGACCUUCUGGGUGGAUGUCUUGGGUUUCCGGCGUUGACCCGCCGGCGAGUAUUGUGUACGGUGAGUAUAAGAAUACGGGUCCCGGGUCGGAUGUGGCCCAGAGAGUUAAAUGGGCCGGGUAUAAACCGGUUAUGUCGGCGGAGGAGGCAGCCAAGUUUACGGUGACUACGCUUUUACAUGGCGGUGAUUGGAUACCGGCGACGGGAGUGACGCAUCAGCUAUCUUAAUUAAAGUGACAUAAUGAAUACUUGGAUUUUUAGAUUUUUUUUUAUAUGAAAACAUCCGCCAAAUUUUACCAACAUUUUGUUUAUUUGACACGGUUGUAUUGUAUGGUCUGUUCUUUGCCCGAAUUAGCAGUAUUUUGUGUACUUUUUAUUCUUGACUUUUGAGGUGAAAAAUGAUCAGAGCUACAAAGUAUACGCAA